GAUCCGUUCAUGAAAAUGGACGGUUCAUAUUCCUAGCUAGCUAGCUAGCCUCCUCUUAAACAUACCCCCACUACCCUUGCCCCUCUGUUUGCUGAUUUGCGGUUGCCAAUAGGCGAACAUGGUGGAAUGGGUGGGGAGUUGGAGGGAGAAACAAAAGCAUGACUUGGCGAGAAGACUAAAUCUAAGUCCACGACAAGUUGAGGUCUGGUUCCAGAAUCGAAGGGCCAGGACGAAAAUCAAGCAAACAGAAGUGGACUAUGAGCUGCUAAAGAAGUGUUUCGAAGCACUCAAGGAUGAGAACAAAAGGUUGCAAAGGGAGGUGGAAGAGCUGAAACGUUUUGCAUCCAACCAAACGUGCCCUUCUUGUAUGUGUGAAAGGUUGUCAUACGGUGGCUUGGCCGUGGAUGACGGCUCAGCCAAAUCUUCCCUCUCAACCACCAACAGACAAAAAAACUCGUACUAAUUAAUAAUUACGAGUUUACGACUCAGUAUGGAAUGAAAAGCAGUAGGUAUAGUAGUACUACUUCAGGCCUACUCAAGUCUUUAAUCUAAAUCAUUAAAACAUUAUUCAAAACGCUAACUAAAAACAUUGUUCCAAAGCACUUUGUCUAUUUAAAAGACGGUCAAAUCUUUGAAGGACGUAUAUGAAUCGAGUAUAUUUGUAAAUGUAGUUUGCUUAGAUACCUACAAGAAAGUAUAGUACAGUAU